AUAAAGAGAGAGAGAGAUAAGGCAGAACCAGUUCACCCACAGCCAUCUGCAGCGGGAACACAUGGCCGUUGCGAGCACCCAUGCCAUCAACAUCCUCCUCAACUCCCUCUCUCCAUUUCCAAAAGCCACCCCAAAAUUCGCCUCCCCACCUCCUCCAUCUAUUCAUAUUCUGAGCCACCAUGCUCUCAGGAGGCCUAAUAUGGCGGCGGCAGCAGCCGCGUCCUCUCUCUCUCAGCCCUUCUUUCCCCCUCUCAACGUGGAGUACUACGACAGGGAGUUCAGCGGCCAUGGCGUGAACUUCCAGGGGAUCGGCGACAGUGUGGUGGUCAGGUUAGGGCUCGAGGACGGCAGCACGGCGAACCUCAUGCUGCCGAGCGGGCUGAUCACGUCCUACAAGCCUCAUAUGUGGCACGGCGGGUGCGAGGAGGUGCUCCACACGGUGGUGUCGCAGGGGAAGGAAGCGGAGGAGGAAGAGGAAGGCGAGGUUGUGGUGCAGGGAGGGGUUUCUCUGGGUCUGAAGAGUGUGAGUGAUGACGGCGAUGAGUGGUCGCCUGGUGGGUGGUUCCUCCAUGAUGUUCAGGGCAAUGCUCAUAGUUCUAUCCAGGUAGAAUUGAGAUGCAGCAGCACGGACAAAUUAGUAAAUGUCAGAUACCUAAUCACUUUAGAGAAGGAUAUCUUGGGCUCAGAAAUCAUCGUCGCUAACUCUGGGCCUUCGCCCAUUCAGUUGCUGAGUUCUUUCAUGAGCCAUCUUACUGUUAGCACUCCCGAUGCAGUCUAUGCUGUUGGGCUCGAGAGAGCAAAUUACUUUAAUAAACCUCCACUGAGAUCAGAGUUCAGCAUCAUUCCUCCUGAUUUUAGAAAGAAAAGCAGAGGUGCUUCAAAUCCCCUGAGGGGCCUAUUUUUUGGUUGGAAUAGAAGGAAUGAAGCCGAUGGUAAUGAUGAACCAGUGACAAAAGAUGAUGAUGAUAGUGAAAAGGAAGAGGAAGAAGUUGACAAUUAUCUGCAAUUAACAGAAAAAAUGAGCCGAACUUAUACGUAUGCUCCAAGGAGGUUCACAAUCAUUGACAGGGGAAGAAGGAAUUCGGUAGUGGUUGGAAGAAUUGGGUUUGAAGAGUUUCAUGUUUACAGCCCUGGAUCUCAGCAUGAGUGGUAUGGAAAAUAUGCUUUUGUUUGCGCCGGCCCAUCUAAUACUCUAAAGCCAGUCACUUUAGCUCCUCAAGAUGUUUGGAGAGGAGCACAGGUUCUACAUAAUCCAAGCUCAUGAAAAAGUUGAAUGUUAUAAACUUUCCUUGUAAUUUCUUCAACAAAGGGAAAAAGAAAGAGAAGGGAGUGAUGAAAAAAUAACUUGCAAUUUAUUAUUCACUUCUUGCAUGAAAAAACAGGAGAAAUGGAUGCACAUGGCAACCAUAAUUGAUUGUCACUGAUCAAAAUUGUACAUACUAAUAUACUUGACUGCCAAAAGCUUUAAACACCUCAAGAUCUCUUGUGGUCUUUGAGACUACAGACAGGAUUGGUAGUUCGUUCU